UAGAAGAGAGAAGAGAGAGAGAGAGAAAGAAAGAAAGAGAGAGAGAGGGUGGUGGCUUGGAUCAAAGAUCAAUGAAGGGCAGUGGCUGCAGUGAAGCAUCAUCUGGCGGAGGAAACAUGAAUGUGAAACCUGCAUGGCUAGAGAGGCUUAUGGCUGAGACAUUCUUUGGCAAUUGUGGGGUCCACCAGAAUCAAAAGAAGAACGAGAAGAACGUCUUUUGCUUGCACUGUUACCUUAGCAUCUGCCCCCACUGUCUCCCUUCUCACCGUUCCCAUUCCCUUCUCCAGGUGAGAAGGUAUGUGUACCAUGACGUGGUUCGAUUGGGUGAUCUAGAAAAGCUCGUCGAUUGCGCCAAUAUUCAGCCAUACACCAUUAACGGUGCCAAAGUGAUAUUCUUAAAUCAGAGGCCACAGUCAAGGUCAUUUAAAGGCACUGCCAACACUUGCUGCACUUGUGACAGGAUUCUUCAGGAGCCCUUUCACUUCUGUUCUCUGUCAUGCAAGUUUGAGGGUCUAAGUGUUGAUUGCUAUACCCAAUUUGUCCCCACUUCCUCUGAGGCUACCACUAGCAUGCCCAACAAUAACAACAAUAACAAUAAGAACAAGAACAAGAACAAGCAGAACACAAAUGGCUUCUUCAUCUCUCUUGGAAGCAGAAGAAAGGGGGCUCCCCAUAGAGCUCCUCUUUCCUAGCCAAAAACAAUGCCUACAUUAAUUGACAUUCAAUUCUCAACAAAUAAAAAUGCAUCUGUGUAACCUUUUCUAUUGUUUCCUUGUGUCUUUCACUUAUGCAUUCUUUUCAUUGCCAUCUCUCAGGUAUGGUGGUUAUUCAAGCCACUCAUUUUGUGUCUACGAUGGAAUGAAAUGUACUCAUUUCUAUUAUUCGCUGUGCUGUUUAUUCAAUACAAUGUUGUAUCAGUCUAAACU